AGAUUGAGAAGAAGCUGAAGGUCAAGAUCCCAUCCACCAUCACAAAGACUGUUGGCGGUGACAAGAAUGGAGGCACUCGCGUUGUCAAGAUGCGCAAAAUGCCCCGUUACUACCCCACAGAGGAUGUGGCCCGUAAACUGAAGAACCAUGGUAAGAAGCCCUUCAGCCAGCAUAAGAGGAACCUGCGUGCCACCAUCACCCCAGGAACCGUGCUUGUACUGCUCACUGGACGCCACCGCGGAAAGCGUGUUGUGUUCCUGAAGCAGCUCUCCAGUGGUCUCCUGCUUGUAACUGGUCCCCUGGCCCUGAACCGUGUCCCCCUGCGCAGGGCACACCAAAAGUUUGUCAUCGCCACCACAACCAAGGUUGACAUCUCUGGCAUGAAGAUCCCCAAGACUCUGUCAGACGCCUACUUCAAGAAGAAGAGGCUGAGGAGACCCCGCCACCAGGAGGGAGAGAUUUUUGACACAGAAAAAGAGAAGUACCAGUUGACAGAGCAGAGGAAGGAGGACCAGAAGACUGUAGACUCUCAGUUGCUGCCCCUCAUUAAGAAGGUUCCCCAGCUGAAGGGGUACCUGCGCUCCUCUUUCUGCCUCUCCAACGGUGUCUACCCUCACAAACUGGUUUUCUAAAUGUUGUAAUAAAGAGUACCACCACAGUCCUAUCCC